UCGAUCUUUUUGUGACGAAAGUAAAUUUUCUCCGCCUGACUCAAACUCAAAGCUCUCAUUGCUCUUUCGAUCUUCUCUCAUCAAUGGAUCCCUUAUCAGCUUUACGAGAUUACACCAUUAGAGGAGACCUAGACAAAAUUCAUCGAGUAAAAGACGAGUUUCGAUUCUCGAAUCAAUACUCUUUCCCUUGUAAAUAUGAAACUGCUUAUCGUUCUAAGCAAGGUAAUCUCUACACUCUCGAAACCCUAGUUUUUUUCGUCAAAAAUCGUCACAUCAAGAUACCCGAGUACAUUAAAAUUGCUACUAAUCAAGGAAUCCCUACUGUUACUUUUGUCGAUCGAAAACCUUUACUUGAUUACCUUGAAGGUCGUACUUCAUCUUCUGAAGCCAUUGAAUUUGUUAUUCCUACCUCCAAUGAAGUCGAGGAGUAUCGCCCUGAUGAUCCUCAGUUCUUUAAUUCUUUACCUAUUAGCAAUAGUGUUGGUAAUUUGGGAUUUGAGGAGAAUUCGGAAGUUAGGGUUUCUGAGGAUGGUGCUGAUUUGAUGAGUUUAAUUAGGGCUAGUGAGAGACCUCUUAGGGAUCGAAAUACUAUUUUGCAGUGUCGAAACAAGGAUUUUUAUGGCAUUUAUGUUGGUGCAUUGAGGAGGGAGCAGGAGAAACCACAACAAAGGAAGGAUGUUAAUGUGGGUGGAAAUAAAGGGCGUCCUGUAGGUGUAGACAAAGAUGAGGGUUUUCAUUCAGGUCCGAAAGCGAAAAUGCUCAAAGUUGGGAGUAAGAUUGGUGAAGGGGUGCCAAUAAUUUUGGUGCCUAGUGCUUCUAAUACUUUGAUUACUAUCUAUAACGUGAAGGAGUUUUUGGAAGAUGGAGUUUUUAUACCUACUGAAGUUAAGAUGAAGCAGAUGAAGGGGCAGAAACCGGAAUGUGUAACGGUUCAGAAGAAGUUUAGUAGGGAUAAGGAUAAGGUCAUGACUGCUUAUGAAGUGAGAGAUAAACCCUCCACUUUGAAAGCUGAUGAUUGGGAUCGUGUUGUGGCUGUUUUUGUGCUUGGGAAAGAAUGGCAGUUCAAAGAUUGGCCUUUUAAAGAUCAUGUUGAGAUAUUCAAUAAGAUUAUUGGUUUCUACAUGCGUUUUGAAGAUGAUAGUAUAGAGUCUGCAAAAGUUGUGAAGCAGUGGAACGUAAAGAUAAUCUCGAUAAGCAAAAACAAACGACAUCAGGAUAGGGCUGCAGCCCUUGAGGUAUGGGGAAAAUUGGAAGAAUUUGUUGCUCGAUCGCGCUCUUGACACAAUCUCAUUAAUGUCAGUCUUUUGGUGCAAUUGACGAGUGAUACGAUGUUGUUACUUGCUACUAUCGGAUUGAUCAAUAAGGUUGGUGUGGGCGCUAUGAUGUGUUGGUGGUGGUCUCGUUGAGGGGCUGUGGAGGAUGAAAAUCUUGUGUUUUCUUCCCAUAAUACUUCCAUUUGAGAACCAAACAAUGUGAAAGGAAAUGAGUGCUAGUGAAUGCCCUCUCGUAUUCUUUGCCCUUUUAGUUAUUUCGAUUCUUUGCCCUUUCCUUUUUACACAACAAUGCCAUUAAGUGCUUCUUACCUAAGCCUUUUGAACUAUAUCCGGUGCUGUAGCCUUACUUGAUGUACUCGAUUGUUGUAAAUCUGGAUUUGCGCUGGACUUGGUUUCGGUCGAGCUUUAUACCCAGGGCUUCUCAACCCUUUGCUGGAGCGGGCCGAGCAGUCACCCACUCCUUGACAUGAUUGAGGGCCUCAAAAGUAUAGAAAACUAGAUAAUAUCAAAUUCUUGUAUUUUGUAUUACUUGCAUUGUGCUUUAGAUUUUCAUUAUAGUGGUCUAGGAAGAACCUGAUUUUGUCAGCAAGUAUUAUCAAUGGGGGUGAUGGUAGUAGUUACAUUUUGUCUCAUGAAAUGUGUUCCAUUUUUUGUAUUAGUCUUUCCCAUUAGAUUUGUCUAGUUUUUAUUUUUAUCAUAAUUACCCUUUUCUAAUUCUCAUCUGCAUAUAUAGUUGACUUUUUUAUUCUAUACAUACUUUUAUCCUAUUUUUUAAAUUAAAUAUCACUUCAUUUAAUUUUUAAAAUUUUCUUGCCAAUUGUCAAUGAUCAUAGUAUAGGCAAGGUCAGAUUUUGGUCCUGAAAACUCCGUAGACACACGCUAAGUAGUCUGCUACUCAGUCUAUGACAAUUGUCAGUAUUCUCCGUAUCCUUAUACUUCUACUUCCUCCGUUCAUGUUGCCACAUUAUUUAUUCAAUCAUUCUUAAUUUGUGAUUAUUUUUUUAAUUUAUAGGUUAAAAUAUAGUUAAGUGAGAUCUUGAUUGAUUCUUCUCAUUGCAAAGAUUAUAAAAUUUUUAUAAUUUUUUAUUAUACAUAAUUAAAGAUAUUAAAAAUUGAAUUAGUG